AUGGGACCACAUAAACAUAAUGAGCGAUCGUGCUUUCGCCGAUAUCUAUGCCUCAUCAUCCUCGCCGCCCUCGUCAUCAUAGCGGCUGCCAUCGCAAUACCGCUCGCCAUCAUCAAGCCAUGGGAAAAGAACAAAGGCUCCUCAGAGUUAGGAAAUGGAUCAGAAACACCGAACUUGAUCCCCGAUAAUACUCCCAUCACACCAUCAUCCGACAACUCAGCAAAGGUUAACAGCUAUACCCCAGCUCUUGAUCAGCCCUUUGAUUAUGCCGGCGGGACUGUCAAGAUGCGCGGCGUCAACCUUGGAGGAUGGCUGGUCCUGGAACCCUUCAUCACGCCCUCGCUCUUCAAUCCCUAUAUCUCUGCCGGUGUCAUCGACGAGUGGACACUUUGCGCACAUUUGGGACAAGAUGCCGCCAAGACCCUGCUCGAGAACCAUUACGCGUCCUGGGUCACCGAGGACACUUUUGUGCAGCUCAAGAACCUCGGCCUGAACCAUGUCCGUAUCCCAGUUGGUUUUUGGGCCAUGGGCAACCUGACCGCUGGAGAGCCCUACGUCCCAAAUGUCGCGUGGAAGUACUUGCUUCGUGGUAUCGAAUGGGCUCGCAAGUACGGCAUCCGUGUCAUGGUCGAACUGCAUGGUGCGCCCGGAUCUCAGAAUGGCUGGAACCACUCUGGCAGGUCCGGUCAGAUCGAUUGGAUCAAUGGAACCAUGGGCCCCAUGAAUGCCCAGCGGACGCUGCCAUAUCUGCAACAGAUGGCGUCCCUCUUCUCGACCCCGGCUUAUGUCCACGUAAAUCCUAUUGUGGGCAUGCUGAACGAACCUGCUGCGUACGUUAUUGGUGCCGAGAAAGUUAUGGCCUGGUACAAGCAAGCAUUCGCAGCCUUCAGACAGUCAACUGGAGCCAGCAAGGGUCCUUGGUCAAUCAUUCACGACGGUUUCUUGGGUCUCGAGGCGUGGUCCGGUUUCAUGAAAGGCGCUGACCGCCUUAUGAUCGAUGUCCAUCAGUACAUUAUGUUCAACGAGAACUUGAUGAACAUGAACCAGACUGCUCAACUCAAGUUCGCAUGCGAGCAAUGGGGCUCAGCCUCGUCGACGAGCACCAAGAACUUUGGCCCCACCAUGGUCGGCGAAUUCUCCGUUGCUGUCAAUGACUGCGCGACAUAUCUCAAUGGCAUUGGUGUCGGCUGCCGCUGGGAGGGUACCUUCCCCGGCUCUAAACCCCACUCUGCAAACAGCACGUGCGCUCACGAGAACGAUGUUUCGUUCUACAGCACCGCGUACAAGCAGUUCCUAGCCAAUUUCUUCAACGCUCAAUUGGAUGCGUUUGAACAGGGCGCGGGCUGGUUCUACUGGAACUUCAAGACAGAAUCCAAUCCGCUGUGGUCGUAUUUUGAUGGAGUCGAGAAUGGAUGGAUUCCCAAAGAUGUGAACAACCGCGGACCGAGCUUUUGUGCCACGAACGGCUUUUCAACCAGCAAGGCUCUCGAUUCAUAG